AUGGGUAGUGAGUAUAAUAAAUUCGAAAAGAAUUCCAUUUCCCAAGUAAAUAACAACAAUGUGAUAGUAGUGCCGUGUACACCGCCACCAAACUACAGACCGACUUGUAGUAUAGUGCCACCAACUCCCGAAGAUACGAAUGAAUUUUCGAUCCAUAGAAGCUGCUCAGUUACCCCAACAGAUGCCUUAUUUGAUUCGUUUGCUCCGGGCCCUGACAAGUUGAUGCUAGCUCCUCAGCCUUCAAGGAAAUAUAGGCAAGAAUCGCGCACACAUGUUGUUCGAAGUCUCAACUUUGGGCCAGAUGCUUUGGGCCAUGACUCCAAUACGGAUGAAAAAAGCAUCGAAUGUUUUCUUGAAGAGAUUGUCUACAACACUGUUCUUGAUGCUAUUGUUUCAGAGGAGCAGACCACAAAACAGGUUGAAGUUGAAGUUGAGGUUCGUACUCCCGAAUCUGCCACACGCCUCGUUGGAAUUGCUGAGACGUGCCCCCAAGCUCCAUUCAAGUACGUACAUAAGAAAAGAAGCAUUGUCAUUAACAAGGAGAUUUGCAAAAAGCUUGACUUCUAA